CGCAGCCCGGUAUGUAUUUCAUUUCCAGUAUGGCGGCCGUCGCUUGUGGAGAAGGGCGAGCUGUUCGGAUUUGUCCUCGAAUUUACCGGAGUGGACAAUAAUCUAUGGCCGGUUGAUUUUUCUUUUCCCGUCCGAUAUUUUGUUUACUCCUCAUAGGAACAACGUGGCCUAUGGCUUAGUACGGAAUGCGUUGUAAAAUCGUCGGGGAGUGAGCGGCGGUUGUGGCUGCGGCGAAGGCGUCUAGGUUUUCCGCGUUUCCCAGGAAAAUAGAAAAGGAGCGGAUCUGUUUUGGUUUUCGGGUCAGAAAGUUCACGGCGUCGCCGCUCGACCACGACCUCAGCCGCCGUCCAAAGGCGGGAGUGAGACGGACCGGGUUCCCACUCUGGGUUAUUGAUAGGCCUGGCUGGCCAACAUAUUGGCAACUUUUAAGAAAAUUUGAGGCUGCUUGAGAUACGCAGUGAGUGAUUUCGGGAGUUUGCCCGUGUUCCGGCGUAAUAACUGCCGGAUGCUGGAUUUUUUGCGGUAGGACGAUAUAUUUAGUUAGCUGGCUAGCACGGGGGUUUCGGCAUGGGGAGUGGUAAGUGAAUUUACUGGGACUGUGAAGUACGUGUACUUUUUGUAAUAAUGCACGUUGCUGAAUAGAGACCAAAGAGUAGUCAUCUAUGAGGCAGAGUCUCGAAAUUUGAGGAAAGUGCCAGAAACCUAUAUGUAAAUGUGCAGCCGGCGGUGACUGUGUGUCAUUGGGUCGCAACCGGUCCAGUAAUUAACUAUAAGGGGUGUGAAGUGGGCCGAAGCGAGGGAAACGCUAGCGCUGGCUAGCUGUAGAGCUAGCUACAUGGGGAGGUAUAUUCGCCGACCCACGUACAGGUCGCUGACAAGUUAAUAUUUUAGAAUUAUUACAUCUCUCCAGACUACUAGUGUCGGUUAAUCUAAGCAGCUCUCGUCCUAUUUCUUUCGGAGGGACGUCGACGGUCGAUGUGUCUUAAGCACUCGUUAAGAGCCGGGGAGCAGAAGUGUGUAGCCAGCCAGGUGGAGGUGUAGCGCGCUGCGGUUUGUGGGAGCUAGUAGCGUGGCCUCUGUGUCUGCUGGUUAAGGGGAUCUAACUGGGUAGGGUCAUGGCCAGCACGUAGCAUUACUAGUAGGGUAUGUCGUAUAGUGGUUGUCAAUGUUUAUUUUCGGUCUGCUAUAUCUGUGGGGAGGUGGGAUCCGGAUCUGAAAAAAAAAAUCACCGGCUACUUACUGCACUAGCUAGCCGGGUUGAUCACUACUUCUAAUUGGCGAAAAGAAAAUCCGGGAAAAAAGUUUGCCAGUCUGGAUCACGAAACCUUGUCUUUCGGUUGGAGUCCCGCUCCCAGGCCGUCAUCCAUGCCUUCAGCGUUGGCCGUGUUCACCUGCCGCCCUAAUUCACACCCCUUUCAGGAACGCCAUGUCUACCUUGACGAGCCCGUCAAGAUCGGGCGCUCCGUGGCGCGCUGCCGGCCGGCCCAGAAUAACGCCACAUUUGACUGCAAGGUGCUGUCGAGGAACCACGCUCUGGUCUGGUUUGACCAUAAAACGGGCAAGUUUUACCUCCAGGACACCAAGAGUAGCAAUGGCACCUUCAUCAACAGCCAGCGCCUGAGCCGCGGGUCUGAGGAGAGCCCCCCCUGCGAACUGCUCUCGGGUGACAUCAUCCAGUUCGGGGUGGAUGUGACUGAGAACACCCGCAAAGUCACCCAUGGAUGUAUCGUGUCCACUGUUAAGCUCUUCCUGCCUGACGGAGUAGAGGCGCGGAGGCGAUCAGAUGUCAUUCAAGCGCCAUUACCACUUCCUGUUGAUAAGGUCGCCGCUAAUGCACCCAGUAUGUACUCUCAGGAACUCUUUCAGCUGUCCCAGUAUUUGCAGGAAGCCUUGCACCGGGAGCAGAUGCUGGAGCAGAAACUGGCUACGUUGCAGAGGCUGCUGAGCAGCACGCAGGAGGCGUCAAUGAGCAGCUGGCAGGCUCUAAUAGACGAAGAUCGACUGCUCUCCAGGCUGGAGGUGAUGGGGAACCAGUUGCAGGCCUAUUCAAAGACCCAGACUGAAGAUGGCAUCCGCAAGGAGCUCGUCGCCUUACAGGAAGAUAAACACAACUAUGAGACCACUGCCAAAGAAUCCCUGAGGCGGGUCCUCCAGGAGAAGAUCGAGGUCGUCCGGAAGCUCUCGGAAGUAGAGAGGAGCCUUAGCAACACGGAGGACGAGUGCACACACCUGAAGGAAAUGAACGAGCGCACGCAGGAAGAGCUGCGCGAGCUGGCCAACAAGUACAACGGCGCCGUCAACGAGAUCAAGGACCUGACGGACAAGAUUAAGCUGGCGGAGGGCCGGCAGGAGGAGCUGCUGCUGAAGGGCCAGACGGAGAAGAAGGAGCUGCAACUGCGCAUCAGUGAGAUGGAGGAGAAGGAGCAGGCGCUGCAGGCACGCGUCGAGGCCCUGCAGGCUGACAAUGACUUCAGCAACGAGCGGCUCACUGCACUGCAAGUCCGAUUAGAGCAACUUCAGGAGAAAAGCAUAAAGGAAAACAACAGUUUGGACCGCUUUCUUUUAAAGAGUGGAGGAGGCUGCGCUUUUAUCCAGCAGUUUGUUGACGGCCAGCCAGUGAAGCAGGCGAAAGGGGCCGUGCCCUCCCCGCUGAAAAAGAUCUCCGACUUUGACGAGGUCAUCGAUGCUCAUCUCCAAAACAACCAGCUGACCCAGGAGAUCAGCUUGGAGAGCCCGGCCAUUCUUAGAGAAAACCAGAUAGAUGCGAAGGAGCUGGACAUGUCCGACACGCUCAGUCCCAGCAAGGACCGGAGCAGCGAUGACACGUCAGAUGGCCAGAUGGACGAGCAGGAGCUGAACGAGCCCCUGAAGGCACCGUCGCCGAGAGAUGAGCUGCCCUUCACCGAGCUGGAGCCUGGCAACACAGAGCAGGUGAUGGAGCACUUGCAGAGGGAGCUGCUGGAUGCCCGCGAGGUGGCUAACAGCAGCCGGCAGCGGUGCCAGGAGCUCCAAGGUAGCCAGUCACCGUCACAUGGCCCGCGGGCAGCGUUGGACUCGAACCUGAGGCCUAACGGUAUGUUCUGUGUGACAGCUCUACUGGACGAGGAGAGGAGGGCCAACAGGAGGCAGGCGGAGGGCUCUGCCAAGCAGAUCCAGCUCUUGCAAGCCCAGAUGCAGAAGCUGCAGGCGGACAUGGAGUUGCUGCGGGAGCAGCGGGAGGGUGCCAUCGCCGGUGCGCGUGAGGAGCUGCAGGCUGCCCAAGAAGAGGUGCUGGCCUUGCACCGCGUGGUGGAGACAGCGGCCGCCGAGCGGGAGCGCGACAUCGCAGGCCUGCAGAGCGACCUGCGCACCGUCACAGCUGAGCUGGAGAAAUGGAGGCAGGCGGCCGCCAGAUACGAGGCGGAGAUUGCCGUCCUGCAGGCCAGUUUCCAGCAGCAGAGCCAGCAGGAGGAGCGUGUUGCCCAGCUGCAAGGCGAGCUGGACAGGCUGCGGCUGGAGUGCAGCGCCCUGCAGAAGGAGAGCAGCGCCCUGCGGGCCGAGAAGGUGGCCCUCCUGGAAAGGCUGCAGCAGCUGGAGUUGGAGCUGGAUAACUCCCGGCAGCAGAGCUGCACCCUGAGCAGCAGCCUCAGUGCUCUGGAGCGGUCCCAGGGUGAGCUGGAGCAGCAGUUAGGCUCCCUGCAGGAACAGCACCGGCAGGACGCUGGACGGCUGCGCGGCCAACUGACCCAGGCAGACGGCCGCACCCGGAGCCUGCAGAAGGAGUACGACGACACGCAGACACAGCUGUCAGACUUGCGGGAGCAAUACGAGCGCACGGAGAGGGAGAAGCGCAGCAUCCAUGAGGAACUGGAGCAGUGCCGUGUGAGCCUGAAGCAGCUGCAGGACAAGGAGGGCAGCCCACCCACAUUGCAGCCUCUCCAGGCCAUAGUCUUCGCCCUUAUCCUGGCUUUCCUGUAUUGGUGCUACAGGCAGUUGUGAUGGAAAGAGUGCCUGGCUGCCCUGGAUGCCGGUGGUGGCAGUGAUGGUGGCGAUGACCGUGGUCGUCCUCUACCCCGGCCUGUCCCGGAGUGCCGCCUGAGCCAGGCCCCGCACCCCAGCCCACGAGUUUGCCCAUUGGACUCCGUUACUCCUGAGCGGAGAGCGCAAGCUGGCUCUCUGCUUUUACUUGUACAAAGUCUACCUGUGUGCGUGUGUGUGUACAUAUAUAAAUAAAUAUAAAUAUAUAGAGAAUAAAAGUUAACUUCUGCUAUAGAUAAAGUACUUUAUCGGAGGUUAAUUCUUUUUUUCUUAAUCAGUUUGAUGGGAAUCUUUAAAGUGGCCUAAACUAGGCUUUUUUUUUUUUUUUUUUUUUUUUUGGUUUUUAUUUUCCAUGGAUACCAAACCUUCUCUGGGCAAAUUGAGUCUGUGGUUUGCCACGUUGGACAUAAAUGUAGUAUUCCAGAUUUCGGGGUAACAGCGCAUCAUCUGAAGGUGCGUUGUGGCUCGUGGUGGGAGGGGCCACCCGUGUCCCUCAGUGAAGCGAGACCCGUGUGGUAUCAGCUUGGGAGGCUCUGGAGGCUUCGCUCUGCUCUCUAACGUGUAUUACGAACGGCUAUUCAUAAUACAGGCAACACUACAGUCCCUAAAGGUGACUAGCAUGUCAGUACAAACGGGAUUACGAAGCACUAACGUGGGCCCAUUUCAGACCGGAAUGUCCAUGCAGUCCUGCUUGAACGGCGCCUGAAAGUCCAGAGAGCCAUCCUCCCUGUCGUCUGGCCUACACUACAUAGACCGGGGGGAUUUAGAACCCCCCCCGACCCCCCCCCGUGCGAUCUGCAUUCACCGAACGGGUUCUCUAUGAUGAGUUUGCGGCCUUAUUUUCCUUAACUAACCUUUUGUAUUGUAACCCCCCCCCCCCCAUUUAGAAAAGGGGGUUGGGAAUCAGGUGGGUGUUCAUCUGGAGUGAAUGACCUGUGCAGUUAGUUCAGUGACUAUCGUAGGGACAGGUGUGGCUGGAAUGUGAGCCCAGUACUUCCCCUGAUAGGCGAACACAAGCCCAAUGUCCUAAUCUUUUGCUGCUUGACGAUUAUGAGUAACAUCUGAGCGGAGUCCGUCCCCAGACGCCAUUAUAUUUCCACCCCCCUUUUCCUAUUAUUUGGCUGGGAGUGGGGUGGUUAGUGUUUCAGAGGGUAAGAGAAACAUGCGUAUGCACUGUCUGCUGUAUUUUUAGGGUUUUCUGGAAUGUUCUGGAUGUUACUCAUGGUUUGGCCUAUCACUGGAUUCAUUAUACUCUAAAAGUUCAAUGCUCCAAGGAUGCAUUGCAGAAUCUUGAAAGAUCCUAGAUCUUGAGAAUCAGUUUGAAGGUGUAACAUUUUACAAACUGCGAUCGCACAAAUCUUAUGCCAGCUAAAUGGUGGGGGGGUGGGAUUUCUUAUGCUAGUUUUUUUUUAUUAUUUUGUUUUGUACCACCUCAACUUUCCAUUGUUAAAUGUCUUUAAUGGGGUGAAUCGGUGAGAAACUUUAGAAUUGGGGGUUUCUUUGUGGGAAGAGGGGGGGCAGCAUUUGUAUCUAUGAAAUAUCUGGUGUUUAAAAAUUCUUGCGAAAAUGUCCUGCACAUUGUCUGUUAAAUGAACUUUCUUCUCUGUCAAAAAUUCAUGUACAAUCCAAGCUGCCCGGUCACUUCACCCCAAGCUAUUGGUGCACUCUGUACCCUUCUGUAUAUAGUUUUGUUUGCAAAUAUUGUUCCGGGAUGCUCAGCUUCAAAAUUACAUUUUUUUUUUAAGUAAAUGAUUGUUUAAAAUCUAUUUUGUAAAGAAAUGGAAAGUCUCAUUAGUUUCCUGAGUACAGAUCUAAAGUAUUUGCACUAACACAUGUGAUGUGCAUGAUUUUAAUAAAAAGAGCUUUACUCUG